GGUGUUCGCUUCGUCGAGGCACCAUAUGGAUGCCUUCAACGAGACUUCACCUUCCGACGCAACUAUUUUCUCGUUUUCGACAGCACCCUUCAGGGAAGCCUUCACGGAACAGGUCACCAAUGGAACCGUCCCUAAUACUACCAUUCCUCUAAUUGCCUUCAAGAACUAUCCCCGGGUAGUCCUGACCACUGGAUUCGUGUUUCUCGUCAUCUUCUCAGUCUUCGGUGUCUUCGCCAAUGCCAUCUCGAUGUUGGCACUGGUGCGAUCUUCUAAACUUAGGAAUGCCACAACAGCCCUCCUGGUGAACCUGUGCUUCUGUGACCUACUUUUCAGCGGAGUGAGCACACCGUUCGCCGUGACUGUAUUCUGGUACGGUGACUGGAUAUAUCCUCACCACAUCUGCGUCAUCUAUGGCAUCACGAGAGGCUUCAACGUGGGCGCAUCUAUUUUCACCGCGAUGGCGAUAUCGAUAAACCGCCUUGUUAUUAUAUCGUACCCCACACGGUGCAAGCAGAUAUUCACUAUUGGCAACAACUUGCUGUUCGUUACUGGAACGUGGCUUCUAGCGUUAGCUCUGCUUAUCUUGCCAACUGGAGGUAUUUGGGGGCGGUUCGCUUGGGAUGCCGCAAUUGGAUCCUGCACCGUGGUUCCCUACAGGGGCAGGAGCAGCAAGGCAUUCUUAUUCAUGUCCGCCUGCGUCGUCCCGACUGUCGUAUUUGUCGCCUGCUACAGCAGGAUCUAUUACGUCGUAAGGAGGGCGCGCCAACGCUUGAAACAGUACAGCAGUGGAAGACGCAAGCCUACAGAGUUUGUCGCUGACUUAACCAGACGGAUCAGAGAGUUGAAUAGCCUGCAAGCUGAGAAGCAAGCAAAGAGGACUGGUGAGAAAGACAUGCGACUGUUGCGGAUGGUGCUGGUGAUCUUUGUGACGUUCACUCUGUGCUACCUGCCGUUGUUUGUGCUGAAGGCGUUCAGGCUCCUGGAUGACUACCCCGGAGUGCAGGUCUUUGCGUACUUGACCUUUUACUUUUCUGGUUGUGUGCAUCCAAUUAUUUACAUCUGUAUGAGUCGGGAGUACAGAAAGUCCUACUUUGAUCUGUUCAGAAGAGCGCAAGGAACGACGUUAGCGGAAACGACGGGUUGUCGCGAGACGCCGCUGUAGAAGCGCAACACGAGCUACAAGAGAUGUAGGCGUUCUAGGAGGUCCGAAGGCAUCGACAAACUCUGGGGGUGACCCAUGCUGGAAAUGCAGUGACGCAGACUGCAGUGUCCCAUAAGAGAGGGUCGAAGCGACUGACCCUGAAGGACCCCUAGAGUAUGUCUCAAGACACGAACAAUACUUUUAUAGAUCUUAGAGACCGACUACAGGUCGAGAGGUUCUCCUCUGAUGAUUAUUGAACAGUAAGUCUCCGCGGAAGUUUUGUCUGGAAAAGCAUCUACUUGACAGCUUCUGCUAAAUACCUCAAUGGAUUUUUGUACGUCGUAUGUAAAUACGUGUAUUUUUGUGUUUCUACGCUGCAGCUUCUUGUACAGUGAGGGCGUAAUUUUUCAUGAAGACUGUACAUUUAAAGGAACAGAAAUGCAGUGAUUGCUUGUUUCACUACUGAUUGUUGUGAUCAACAGAACAAGUGGCGUUUAUCCAUGUAGGAUAAUGUGACCAGACGACAAGGUUUAGGCUGUCCCACUUUUACAGUCAUAGUCCCGCUGUCUCAUCAGCCUACUAGUGGGACGGCGUCUUGUACCGCAUUUAGCUACUGGAACC